CCCCACUCCCGCGUCAGUAUGGCGCCCGCGUUCAAAUUCAACGGUCGGAAAUAAGGAUAACUCCCGUUGCUGCGUUGCGGAGCGCAAAAGGGUCGUUCCGCGCAUUCGUACGGUGUCGUUCCAAGGGGUGGUGUCCUUUCCCGCACGCACGCACGUGGAAGCGGUGGCGAUUUCGUGAUCGGAAUCCGAGCGAGCGUUCGUAGACAAAACGUCAGGAACAAUGGAGCCCUUCGUCCAGCGUAUGUUGGAGCGCGCUAAAGCGAGGAGAGAGAAGCUGGAUGAGCAGUUGUCAAACGCGGGACACGACGUUAAAAAGAGGCGGAGUCCUUUGAAAAAUGCCAAUGCCUUGCUUGAACAAGCCACAGCGGUAGUAAAUGAAAUGUCUGCCAAAUCACCAGUCAAAGCAGCUGCAGUCAGUGCACUGCCCGUCAAGUCUCCUCGCAAGUCUCCUGUAUCUAAGCCUGUAUCUAUAUCCAAGUCGAAUACCACAUCUGAGAAUAAUGAGCGGAGCAACAAGGAGAAUAGCGAAUUUGAGACUUACAAUGUACGAUCCAAGUUGCACAGACUUGGAAAAUUAUAUUCGGAUGAUAGCACUCUUGAGUUAAGUUCACCCAUACACAGGACCGAAGAGAAGUUUACCGCGGAAGAAAAUGACGGGGAUUACAAGCCAGUCAAGAGAGGCGCUAGACUCGACAGAUUAGCAGCUUUGGCUUCGACGAUUAACAAUUGGGAGGAUGAUUUAUCUCAUCCAACGUUAACUAAUACCAAGAUGAAACCUGGAACUAGUAAAGCAGAAAAAAUACAAGCAAAGUUUAAUGAGCAAGUUAGAAAUGGAUCCGAGUCACAACCAAGCACGAGCGAAAGUAACAAAUGGACCGCCAGCAGUGGGAGGAAGAGCAAAGAUCUAAGUCCAACCAAACAAUUAAAGUGGGACAAAACGGUGUUAGAAAACUUGGAGGCUCAAGGCUUUAGUCGUACGAAAAGCAAUACUCGUCUUGUGUAUGACUAUAAGCAUUGUUCCCAGGAAUCGAAUCAGGAUGUCACAAGUCGUUUAUCGCCUAACAAGUUCACGAGCCCUGCGCAUCAGCAGGCGGCGGAAAAGAAACGAAUUUCGUUUAUCAGGUCUGAGUCGCCGAGGGGCAAGAAAACGGAGGGUGAUGCCAGUGUGACGGCAAGUCCGGCUAACUCUUCCAGAAGCAACGACAGUAAAGUUUUUAACACUCCCGAAAACGUUAAAAGCGCGAAUACUACCAGUAGCUCUCGAUUACCGUCGAGGCCGGUGUUUAACGGCUCGCCUAAAACUCUGGUGCAACCGUCAGGUUCAGUGCUGAGUAAAGCAUCGAUGUUUGAGGCUAAGAAUACGGAAACGAGGGCGAGAGAUCCUGCUCAGAUGUCGCUCGCCGAAAGAAUGGCAUUCUUCGAGCGAAAUAAAGGGGAGGCUUUGAUACCCAAGGCGCCGCUGACAAUGUCCAUACCGCCUAAGAAAUUGCAGGAAAAGGACAGCAAGCAAUUGGGAUCCAAUGCGGAUUCUCCAUCGAACAAUCGAAACGCCGACAUUCCGAGCAAAUCGGUUCUUGAACAACGUGCGCUGUUCGAGCAAGGCAACAAUAAGAAAGUGGAUGAAAUGGAGAAUCGCAUCUUGCAAGCUACUUACGCUGAGAGACAGCGUGAAUUGGGCAUGUUACGCUCGCGGUUCAAUACCAAUAGGGAAGUCGCUCGUACCGCCGCUGGAUCCUGCGUUCGAACGAGCGAGAGCAGCGAAGGGGGUGGCAAAGCGUCGUCGCCAAAGAAUUCGCCCGUUUGUCCCGUGAAGCCGACUCCUGCUCCGGAUCAUAUUGCUCCGCCUCCGCCGCCACCGCCGCUGCCACAUCCGGAAAUCAUAUCGUAUCACAGUAAAUCCUCUCCGGUAAAAAGACAAGUUGUCGGAAGCCCACCCAAGGUUCAACAUUUAAAUACAACAUCCGACAUCAAACGCAUCCGCGUGUGUCCUCCAAAACCAGGAUCUCUUUAUCCUAAUCUGUCCGAGAUUGAAGCUACGGAAAGUGAAGUUACAGAGAGCGAUACAGAAUACACUGUCGACAGUACCGAACCUGUAACAGCUACUCUCGACGAGACGGAAACUGAGACUGCCUCUGAAGCCGAUUAUUAUAUUCGACAUGAUGACCAGGAAUCUGAAAGUGAUUACGAAAGCGUACAAAAUUCAUCUUUUGGGCGAAUGAGUUUUGGACGCAGUAUCUUGCAUGCACUCGACGAACGUUCGCUAUUCAACAAAAAAAGGUGCAUAGAACCGGAUCCAGAUAGCACUACAUCAGACAUUUCGGUCCUCGACGAGAUGGAUCAGUAUUUGGACGAAUGUCUUGAUGAAGAAUUAGCUGACGUGAGGGAGGAAGGUCCUACACCGCCUAAAGUGAAUAAAGGUGGCGAAAGUCUGUCGAUGGGAUGCAACACUUCCAAAUAUCGUUCACCUUUAAAAGAUUCAGAUAGACCGGAGGAUGGUGGCAAGCGCGUACCACUGGUGCGCACUGUCAGUGCGUACAGACGACAACAGUCUCAAUUGGCUAAAAUUAAUUCAGCCGCGAGAUACGAAACGGGAUCAAGUUCAAUUUCUGGUACAGAGAAACGCGAAGACGAAUCCAUAUUGGUGGAAAAUAAAGUGAAGAAGUUACUGGACGAAGUUGCGACGCAACAAAAGAAGAUAGAAGAAGCUAGCAAAGCGUUGAAUUUAUGUCAUUCUACUGUCGAAUUCAACGGCUCCAGUGAGCACGUCGGUGGCGAAUGGGCUCUGCUUGUUGCUACUCAUAAACGCCAGGCCGCAUUGAACGAAGUGCAAAGGCUGAAACGAGAAGGCACCCUGAGACCUGUCAAGGCAGGCUUGCCGGAAGUGCAGGGGAGUGGGUCAUUAACUAUCUCUGCCAUUACGUUGCCACUCAAGCAGGAAUAUUUCAGAAAUAUGGGCAUGAAUACAUAUCUUCAUUGCGUCUGCUUGAUGUAUUAUUUGGGAGAAGUGGUCGCUACCCAAGCGGCGACCGCCGAACCAGGCGAUUCAUGUAUCCGUUUUACUUCAAUGCUGAAACUUGAUAAUUUGCACAGUGAUUUCAAGGUUCUUGUUGAAGUAUACACCUUCCAGACGCAACCGAAAUAUUUGCCACAUGAAAAGAAAUAUCACAUUAGCCAUACUGUGAAAGCGGUCAAUAAGACACCAAAGAAAAAGAAUCAGUUUGUAAUGCCUGACAUACAGAGCCCAGCAGGCCCAAACGCAAUCAGAUCGCCUGCUUUCGAAUUGUCCGGAACUACGACCCUUACUCUCGAUGACAUAAAUUAUGAACAAUUUACUCUGCUCGGGAUCUCGUCGCAUUCUCCUCUGGAAGGACACCUGCGAAUGCGUUUAUCGCGUAAGCUCUCGGUAUCGGUGGAACAUCGCGGAUUUUUGACACUCUUCGAGGAUAUUACAAAUUUGGGUGCUUGGCGUCGAAGAUGGUGCUGGCUGAAAGACGCCAAGCUUUACUACUGGGUACAUCCCGAGGACGAGCACAAGAAAAGUCCAGCAGGGCAGAUUGACUUGGAGGGUGUAAUUACGAAACAUGUACAAUUUAUAAAUCGGGAAAAAUACGCUCGUCCUUACACAUUUUUACUUGAGGUAUCGAGACCCGCGCUACCAGGGGACACUAAUAAUCUCGUUACGAAGACAGAUGGAAUUGAAACUAUAAUUGAACACUUUUUAUUAGCUGACACAAAAGAAGAAGGAUUACAAUGGAUGUCGAAACUGAAUAAAACUCUAAGCUUAAUCAGAGCUUGGGGACCAUGCCGAAGUUCAUUUUACAAAGCUUAAAUCAAGCUUAAACCUCGUUAAUUUCAAGCAACGUAUUCGUGUACGUUUUAGAUCGACUUGUGAUAGGAAACAUGCGUGUGCAUUAAUACGUUACGUAUCGCUCAUCGGAUUAUACAUAGGGAUAAAAUACACUUGGUCUAAAAUAAUAUACAAACGAAGAAAAAUCUACUUCGCUUUACGAAUAUAUAUGUUACUUGCAUCUGAUCGAUAUAUAAAUGAUGCAAACGUUCGUAAGAAUGCGGAAUGUACUGAUACACAUAUAGAGAUACACGUAUAAACAAUGCAAGUAUUCAUAUAUAAGAAAGUAACGAAUGUACUACGUUUGGCCGCGGUUCAAAUUUUCAUAUGUUUGAUAUUAUUUGUGUUACAAAUAAUUAAUUGUUUUAAUAUAAAUAUUCGAGUGAAUUGGUUUGAUAUUUAAUCGUGGACGCAAUCUAUAUAUACAAUAUUAUAUUUCAUUAAACUUCAAUAGCCAAAGUUGAAAGAUAAAAAAUUUGCAAGUUUUCA